AUGGAACCGGACCUUUACAACAUUGGCAAGAGUGCAGCCGAAGCAGAAUACCUGAAGGAGAUCCACACCACGCUGGUGAGAAAACUGGCCGAAAAACAAACCCAGAUCUCGGAACUGCUCUCGCGGGCCGAGGAGCUAGUCUCCCAACAGCCGACAGAAGGCCAAGCUAUGGUCUACUCGGCAAUGUCCAGUUCUCUCAAUAAAGCCUGGCGUGAGUUGCUCGAAGUCCUUGGCAAACGUGGACACCUGCUGGAGAUGGCUGCAGACUGCUUUGUGAACGCUGACGCCGUUUGCGCCGCAGCCCGUCGAAUCACCGAUCCCUCAUUUUCAGCAGACUGGGGAGACAGCGUGGAGAGCAUAGAAAGACUCAUUCAGGUAUUUUUUACCCUUUUUUCUCCGCGUACAAGUGCGGUAACGUUCGUAGAACAAACUCUUACAGGACCAACCCAGAAGUUUCUAUGCAUAUCACCUUGA